ACAUUCCCCGCCCCGAUGACCACCCCGUCCGCGCCGCCGCCGUGCCCGCACCUCGCCGCGUACCGCCACACCACGCGCUCCACUCCGCUUCACUCCAGCCAGCUGCACUCCGCGUCACAGCCCGCUCGGCACGCCCCGAGAUCCGCCGCGAGCACUCGCGAGCUCCCCCGCUGCUCCCCCUGCUCCUCCCCCACCUCCUCCUCGUCCCGCACUCUACGCCUGCACUCUCACUGCGCCGCCGUCUUCUGCCCCACCAACGCCGCCUCCAACGCCUCCGCCUCAACAUCCGGCGGCCACCAGAUCGCCGUCGACGUCGACCGCGCCGAGCUCUUCUGCGGGGCGUGCGGGGAUCAGGUCUACGAUCCGGACUUCGACCACGCCGUCGUCCUCGCCAAGUCCUCCUCCCUCCUCCCAUCGGCAUCCGCUUCCCCCUCCCCUUCCCCCGCCGCGCCCCGCAAGCGCCGCCGCGUCGAGUACCGCGCCUGGGCACCAGAUCCGGCCGAAUUCGCGCUCAUCAGCUCCGCCGAUCCCACCACCUCCGCAUCCGCCGCCGCGCCCGCGGGGCUCCGCGGGCUCAACAACCUAGGCAACACGUGCUUCAUGAACUCCGUGCUCCAGGCUCUGCUACACGCGCCGCCGCUCCGGAACUACUUCCUCGGCGAUCGGCACAACCGCUACCUCUGCCCGCGCCAGACGCCCAUGAGGCGCCGUUCCGCCGAGGCAAACGACAAGGCGGCGUGCCUGGCGUGCGAUCUCGACGAGAUCUACUCCGCCGCCUUUUCCGGGGAGCGCACGCCCUACAGCCCCGCCAAAUUCCUCUAUAGCUGGUGGCAGCAUGCAUCAAAUCUUGCGAGCUACGAGCAACAGGAUGCACAUGAAUUUUUUAUCUCCAUCCUUGACCAUAUCCAUGAAAAUAUAAAGGAUGAUCAACACAAAUCACUUGCCCAAGGCCAUGGAGAUUGUUGCAUUGCACACAGGGUAUUUUCUGGCAUCUUGAGAUCAGAUGUCACCUGCACACAUUGUGGGUUCACAUCAACAACUUUUGAACCCUGUAUGGACAUCUCUCUAGACUUGGAUGCUGGAUAUAACAAUUCUCUUGGUGUUGCAAACCCAAAGGUACAUGUGCGGAAUGGAGAGCGAAGCUCAGGUGGCACUAAUACCAAGGUAUCAACACUCAUGAGAUGUUUGGAGCGGUUUACAAGGGCUGAGCGGUUGGAUGCUGAACAGAAGUUCUUCUGUGAACGUUGCAAGGAGAGGCAAGAGUCCCUGAAGCAAAUGUCCAUUCGGAGGCUUCCAUUGGUUUCAUGCUUUCAUAUUAAGAGGUUUGAGCAUUCAUCAGUUAAGAAAAUGUCAAGGAAGGUUGAUCACUGUUUACAGUUUCCUUUUUCUCUUGACAUGGCGCCAUAUCUAUCGUCCUCUAUACUCAGAAGCAGAUUUGGGAACCGUAUAUUUCCAUCAGAAGCUAGUGAUGCAGAUUCAGUUUCUGAAUUUUCAUCAGAAUUUGAAAUAUUUGCGGUGAUCAUGCAUAGUGGUAAGCUAGAAGCUGGCCAUUAUGUGACAUAUCUCAGGUUAAACAAUCACUGGUACAAAUGUGAUGAUGCCUGGGUAACCAGAGUUGAAGAGCAUACUGUCAGAACCUCUCAGGCAUACAUGCUCUUCUAUGUGCAGAAGACACUUUACUACAAAGCUUGUGAAAGAGCAACUGCUGUCUGAUUUGGAACAAAUAUGGCUGACAUUAUUCUGAUCAGCCACAAAAUAUAGUCAUCAGAGAGCGCACCAUGUAAUUCCAUCCAGAGAAAAAGUGCCUGUCAUUUGGACAGCCACGAAGUCGGAUGAGAUUCAACUUUUUUGCAUGCAAUAACCUUUGGAUUCGGUUGACCGAGGGUUUUUGGCAAUUUUCUCAAUAGCCACCACCCAAAGGAAGAAGGUCAAUUUUAUUUGCUCAAUUUAUCUUAUUACCUGAUUUAUGUGAUCAAUUAAGCUGGAAGCAUUACACUGUUUUACACAAUUGGUUGCGAGGGUGUUCUAACCCCGAUAAUGCUGGUGUUUAAGAUUAUAUUGAGCAAGGAAAUAAGUGGAAUGUGUAGAAGUGAGAGAAAAGGGAACCGAAUUUUUUGAUGUGUUCCUUUCAGUAGUUGAAUGCCAUCUCUACUAGCUGAUAGCCUGAUACCAGCUCCUGUCGAAUUUGUUUUGUUCUGCAUGUAUUCCAUGUCUCCAAGGAUGAGCUAAAGAUAUAGAGAAAACAGUUUUUGGCGAUCUUUGCUUUUCAGUUUUGCCCUUGUUA